CGUAAGUGCUGAGGGUGGCUUCAGGGAAGUCUCAUGAUGCUGGUACCGUGGCUGGUUGUUCUCCUCGGUGGGAUAUGUGGAAUACAGGCUGUGAGUCUGGACAGAACGGGACAGGAAUCCUUCCUAAACCAUCGGCUCGUUGACGUCAACAUCACAACAGAGGAACAACAGCAAUAUGUCAUUGAUAUGGACGACGUCGGAAACAUGGGGCUUGACAUGUGGCUGGUCCCCACCUUGACGCGAACAGGGCGCCUGCGGGUUCCGCCUGAAAGUAUCGACCUCUUCAUGACACUGAUGAACACUGCCGGCAUCAGCAGCAAGAUAAGACACCACAACAUCAAGCAGUUGAAUGAUGACACUUAUUCAAUGCCCAGCGAGGAUCCGGCAUUGUAUAAAGAUUUCAUUGAAGGUGUCGUACGUCACAAUGCUUAUUACAGACUGGCUAACCUUGAUGCCUACAUGAGUAACUUCGCCACCUUCAGCGGCGUCACUAAAGGAUACCUCGCACGAAGCACCUAUGAAGGGAGAGACACGCCCUAUAUCGAGAUUACAGGUGGAUCCAGUAGCAACAAGAAGCGGAUCUUCAUAGAAGCUGGGAUACAUGCCCGGGAGUGGGUCUCCCCGGCAUCGGCCAUGUAUUUCAUCGACAGGAUGCUGCACAGGCGAGACUUGGAUGCAGACGCAAGCUUCCUGUACAACAACUUCGAAUGGUACAUUGUUCCCGUGACUAACCCAGAUGGCUAUGAAUACAGUCACACGUCCUACCGCUACUGGAGAAAGAACCGGAGCAUCAUAUCCGGGUGUGGCAGUAGCCGUGGGGUUGAUCUGAACCGGAACUUUGACUCCAUGUGGGGAGGGUCAGGGUCGAGCGGGUCGUGCUCGUCAGAUAGCUUCAGGGGGCCGUCAGUGUUCUCGGAGAUAGAGACACAGAAUCUUCGGGACAAGGUCCAGGACAUUCAGAAUGAGCGUGGACCAAUCAGCGCCUACCUCUCCAUUCACUCCUUCUCGCAGCUCAUCCUUACGCCAUAUGGAUUCGCCCAGAACACGUACCCACCUAAUAACGACCACAUAGUAGAGACAUCAAAUUUGGCCAAGGAUGCUAUAUUUGCUUCUGAUGGAAGAACCUAUCGGGUUGGAUCCUCGGCUGAUAUUUUAAGCGUCAUACAUGGUGGUUCACGUGACUGGGCACGCCAGACGGAGGAUAUCCCCUACGCUAUCACCUUUGAACUCCGACCUAGCAGUGGUGGCCUUGAGGGGUUCGUCCUCCCCGCAGCUCAGAUCGCACCUUGCAGUAAAGAAAUCUGGGACGCCAUCUACGCCAUUGCUGGCAAUCUUUAGACGAUGGCGGCUUCACGGAGCACAGACUUAUCGCAUUGAAAUCAAAUCUUAGUGCUCACAACCGCUAAACAAAGAUCAGGGGGCGUCCCAUGACAGGUCACUCAGAACCACCUUUCGCGAACUUUGACCGACCAAUGAUCAUCUCGAAGUCGACAUUAGCCAAUCAGAAAGCAACUUUCUCGAGCUUAACGGUUCUAGUUUAAUAUUUGCGACUUCAAUUCCAGAUUACGCUUUGAAAAUUAUUUCUCGAUUCAAAAUUUGCAAACUGAACAAACGAAAAUUCUGGAAUCACUGAGAAGUGGCUAAGAUUGUGUGGCAAUACGGGCUUUCCGUUUGAAAUGUUUAUCCAUUGAAGCGAGAGAUAGACUUGCAUUCGUGACCAACUCGUGUUAUUCCGGGACAAGCCGAAUAGCGACUCGUGCCCCUCUCAUGGCGAUUUUUGCGACCGGAUUCCGUCUUAGCGCAA